CAUCAACUAAGUCUUUAUUUCUUUCAUAUCUCUUAAAAUAAACUAACACGUAUUGAGUACUGUAAUACUGUUUGUAAUUAAAGAGUUCCAUUGAUUUCGCCCAUAUCGCCAAAAAAACUGAUUUAAACAAAACAAUAACUCAAAACUAGGCUGUAUGGGUAUUGUUUCCUUUGCUUUCCCUAAAAAAAGGAGAAUAAAAAAAAACGCUUGUUUGUCAGUUUGGUCACCUGGGAAUUUGAGCGUAGUUUGAGCCUGGAAACAAUAAUAUUAAUUUAUUACUCUCUACCGAGAAAAUUUGAGUGUUUACCUUGUUUUGUCUGUAAAUCGUAAUAGCAAUGAGUCAACGUCGAGCUAACCGUACAAAUACUACAAACGAAGGAGAAAUUAGUAUGCACCUGGAAGAAGCUAUCAAAGAAUGUGUACGUUUUAUAAUAUGCCGGGAAGGUAGCAAGAAACCAAUCAAGAGGGCUGAAAUAUCGUCACAUUUGAAUACCACCUGCCAGACACCAAAUAAUCAGAUAAACACUGUCAUGAUUGAAGCUAACAAAUUGUUAAAACGGAUUUAUGGAUAUAAACUAGUGCAAGUGGAGGCGAAAGGUGGUAUACAGUAUAUUGUGAUCCUUACUGAAGAGAAUGAGGGUCUAGACUCCAUUGCUGUUGAUCCUCAUCACACGAGGCUGUUGAUUGCAGCUCUCACACAUAUAUUUAUGAGCGGAGGACCAGUCAAAGAAGAUGAUAUGUGGAAAUUUUUAAAUGAAGCUGGUCUUUUAGAAGAAAAUGACCAUGUUGGAAGAAAAAUACUCACAAACACAUUCACCAAGCAGAUGUAUUUGAUCUACUCAAAGGUUGGUGAAGGUGACUUAGCAAGAUUUGUAUUUGAAUGGGGCCAACGCUCCAUUGAAGAAAUGCCCAAGUUGUUCUUACUCAAUAAAAUGGCACAGGCAUUCGAAAAGACUCCUGAUCAUUGGUGUGAACAAUACAAGGAGGCAACAGCGGAAGAAAGUAGUACCUGAGAUUGUAUCUUGCAGAAUCGACAUGCUGAUAAGUGUGACAGGGAAGAAGUUAUUGUGCGGCCAGUAGUUCGUAUCUAUGGGCUUCACCCUUAGAUUUAAAAAGGUAGAUACGGCACUCGCAGCUCAAAAGUGUACCGCUUAAAUUGUGGUGCAUGAACACAAUUCACUUUCUCAAUUCUCUUUCAAUUCUCAAUAUAACAACAUUGCGUAUAUUGUGUAUUUUAAAGAUAAAACAAUGCCUUCGAUGCUUUUAAAAGGAACCUAAAUAGUUUAAAAUCAAAUAACAAAUUACACGGAACCACUUUUCGUUCGUAAAACUAUGAAAAAAAACUCAAAGGUCACGGUUUGUCAUGAAUUUUAUUUAAUUAUUCGCCAUUUUGCUAUCAAGAAAAGGACAACAAAAAGCUCAGAAUAGUUUGCUGAAUUCGAAUAGUUUGCGAAUCCGAAAUGUCAUUGGUGUCGAUUCUGGCAUGAUUCUCUAAAGCUAAACUUAAAUUUGACAA